AUGGCGGAUGGCACACAUGCCUCAGCCCUCCAUGAGGCCAAGCGAGACAUGGAGCUCCGACGCGCACGUAUGUUCGACUCCUUCUGGGAGCGGCUGGUAAAACUUGCGUGGCCCCCGGAGCCUGGGACCCAGCCGGAGGGCAAGCUUCAAGACCCAGUACAAGAAGCUCCAGAGAGAGGCCCAGCAAGCACUGCAAGCUCCCAUCCCGGGCCCCACAGGCUCCUAAGAAAAUCCACCCCGCUAGCAGAGACCCGGAGGCUCACUAAAGGCAAUCACAGCCAGACCAAGGCCAAGCACAUCGGGGGCAUCCCCGUACAGCAGCAGUGCAGGAAUCAGCCUCACCGCCCAGCAGUGACACAGCUGAAGAGAGGUAUGGGCAACUUUACGCAUACAAACAAGCGGUGGACCACAAGGCCUACCAAGGAGACCACGACAGUACAACGCCAUGGGUACGGCUACAGCCUGAGAACACACAGUCAGGUGAGACCCAAUGCCAGAGCCACAGUAUACUCACCAACACAGAUGCCGGCCCACGUUAAGACACACUAUCCACAAACCGCCGGACCGAGGGGACUGCGACUCACAUCACUGCAGCACAGACUGGCACAGGGGGCACUCACUCAACCUCUAAAAGGCAUUGGCUGA